AUGUCAAAUAGAAUGAAACGCCAAGCAGAUAAUAUCAGAGAGUGAAAUAAAAUUUCAUGUAUGGGAGAUUAAAAUGAAAUAUCAUGUAAGUACAUAAUAUGUAGAAUAUAUGCAUACGAAGCAAAACCAUAGCAGAUGUGAAAAAAAAAGAAAGGAAAUAGGACGCAGGGUAACGUGGUCUCGAACUUCCAUCAACCGUAUAACAACCGGGUACGAUUACCCCUAAGCCACGCGGCUACUGUCAUAUAAUCUCGAAUUUUUCGAUGACAAUCCGUUCCACUGACAUCUGAAGUAUAACAUUUCUAUCGGAAACAUUUCCUGUCAAAUACGUAAUUUUCAACAGUUGAAAUAUGUCACCGUAAAAGGAAAUAUGUGAAAUGUUUCAGAAAUUGCCCAUCGCUAAACGUAGCGGCAAACCCCGUUGAAUAGUGUCCUUGUCGAGAUCAUGUCGUGCAGGCAUCAUCCAUGAUCCAUGAUAAAUGUCUAGGUAGUAGCAACAACCUGCCACGCUAGUCCGCGUCCCGUUAUCACUGCAGCGAUAGCGCGCGAUAAUCCGCCAUUGCACAACUUUUGUAUCUCGGCGUGCAGUUACCAAUACGCUUCAUUAAGUAUCGCUCGUAAAAAACGCGCACCGCGCACGCCACAGUAUAGAUCGGUUUUUCUGUUCUUAGAGCUCUUAGACUCGGCUCAGUGCUUAACCCGGAGUCGCCGGUGGUCAUCGGCCUGGUGAGUUUCGCAAGUCCUGUUAUCUGUAUGACUCGUUUCACAUUAAUAUUCCACAGGAGCCGUUAAUGCGAACUUAGCUAGCUCUACGAUCGCUCGCCGUCAAUGAAAUUGUAAUUCGGUGACAGUUAAUUCAGCUAGAGAAUAUCCGUAACUUGACCCGAUACGUGACGCACCGGACAAACAAAAAACGUCCCUGUUUCUAAUUCUACGUGUAAAUUGUAAACCGAUACGGGCUUAAAAAGCUGAGGGACAAAGACAUUCCGUAGACGAGACGAGAGGGAAUCUUCUGAGGGCGGCGCGCAGACGGCUUUCAUCGUAUGUAAAUACGUGUCCUGCAAAAAACGUAUGGACGACCAAUAAAAAACCCCGUGUGGGGAGCAGGGCCGGGCGUCGCGCGGGCGCACUCGCAGCCGCACUCUGCAGUUGCAUUCGGCCGCGCCGACGCGCGCACGCAGCCUCCACCCUCGCCCUCACUAUGUGCAUGCCCGCACCACCCACGAUCUUAGUUUUUGCAGUAUUCCGUUAACCACUAGAACUUCGCGUGCGAUCCGUUUCCGCUCCGCUGAUCGCGUAGAUUAAGGGUUGCGGACCGCUCAAUUGUGUCAGGCGCUCUUGAGUUGUGAUUAUGAAGGCGAACGCGGUCGCUCCAGUACCAGCGGGCGGGGAGGCGAGCCCCGCGGGCCCGCCGGCCGAGGACGCCAUGAGGGGAGUCGAAGGCACACCAGAGGAACAGGAAAAAUUAGCGACAGGAAACAACAAUGGCUCCCUGGACUGCAAAUUGCCGUCCCAGCAGGCCGUCCCUCGCUCCGCCUUCCAUUCCACACGAGUCUUCAUGCUGGUUUUCCUAUCCGGUUGGGUGCUGCAGGGGAUGUUCCUCACGUAUUUCGUGAGCGUGACGACAACUGUUGAGAAACUUUUUAAAAUAGAGUCGAAGACGACCGGGACGUUGCUGGCGGCGACGGAGAUUGGUCAGAUAUGUACGGCGUUGUUUUUGACAUAUCUGGCGGGGCGGGGGCACCGGCCGCGUUGGAUCGCGUGCAUGAUGCUGGUGCUGGCCGUGGGGGUGAUCGGCUGCGUGCUGCCCCACAUGAAAUACGGGACGGAAUUGUUGGAUGUUCACUUAGAUUCCCACAGAGGCGGGGCAGCUCCGAUCUGUUCCAACGGGACGAUGAACAACAGCUCGUGUGACGCGGCGCACGUCCAGAGCACUGCGAACCGCGCGUCGAUGACGGCGGUGGUGAUCCCGUGGCUGUUCGUGUGCCUGCUGGUCGUGGGCGUGGGACAGACGGGCAUCGCUACGUUGGGGAUCCCCUAUGUUGAUGACAACGUUGGCAGCCGGCAAUCGCCACUCUACAUGGCGAUUACCAUUGGCAUCAGGGUGAUUGGACCAGCGUUGGGCUUCCUUCUGGGGGCUCUUUGCACCAGGGUGUACGUGGAUCCCCUUACCGAUCCCGGCUACGAUUCCAGUGACCCCCGAUGGGUCGGAGCUUGGUGGCUUGGGAUGGUGUUUAUAGCUGGAUUCAUUGUGAUCCUGUCGGCGCUUAUGUUCUUCUUCCCGAAGCAGAUUCGACAGGAGCCUAUGCCUGUCAUCAGGAAGAGCAAGGAAAAGAGCCAGCCAUUCUUCAAAGAUUUCUUCGCCACAAUCAAGCGGCAGCUAACAAACGACAUCCUAAUGUGGCGGACAGCUUCAUCCGUACUCCACCUCAUGCCGAUCUCUGGGGUCUACAGCUUCCUGCCCAAGUACCUCGAGAAGCAGUUCCGACUGCCCACGCACGAUGCCAACUUAGUCUCGGGAUUGGGCGGUAUUCUAGUCAUGGGUCUGGGCAUCAUCACGUCGGGCGUGGUGAUCCUGAAGCUGGUGCCGACGGCGCGGCAGGUGGCCGCGUGGACGGCGGCUACGGCUGCCAUUUAUAGCGCCGGCAUGGUGGUGCUAAUGUUCGUGAGCUGCCCGGAAGAAAGCUAUCGCGCACUCAGCUCGGGUGUGUCGGGAGCCGGCGGCAACCUGUCCUGCAGCGCGGCGUGCGCCUGCGACGGCGUCGCCUACAGCCCGGUGUGCGGCCAGGACGCAUACACAUACACAUCGCCGUGCCAGGCAGGCUGCCUCGGCAGCGUGCAAGUGGACAACAGCACGUGGCUGUACCACGGCUGCGGCUGCAUCGCCAACAACGGCACCGCGGCCAAGGCCACCAGCGCUUUCGAGCGCUACGCGCUUCUCAACGAGUCAUCCGAUUUGCUUCGCGAGAUCCAAGGCGACUCGUUCGGCCGCGCCGGGUACGCGGUGACGGGCGAGUGCGGCGGGCCGUGCGCGCAGAUCUACGCCUUCAUCGCGGUGUUCGCCGCGCUCAUGUUCGUGCACGCCAGCGGCGAGGUCGGCGCGGUGCUGCUCAUCAUACGCUGCACGGACAAACACGACAAGGCGAUGGCGAUGGGCGUGAUCCAGUUCGCGAUCGGCGUGUUCGGCAACGUGCCGUGCCCCAUCGUGUUCGGCGCCGCCAUCGACGCGGCGUGCCGCGCGCGCGACGCGCUGUGCGGCGCGCUCGGCGCCUGCGCCUCCUACGACAACGACAGCCUGCGCCAUCUGUUCCUGGGGUUGUCAUCGGGGCUGAUGUUCCUGGCGUUCAUCAUGGACAUGCUGGUGUGGAGCCGCGCGGGCCGCAUCGACAUGAACCCGGCCGAGCGCGAGCCGCGCCACGCCGCGCCGCUCGCCGCGCCGCCGCCGGAGAGCCAACUCUGACAGCUCUACGAGUCACACUUCUAGACGGUGACAACCCUGCGUCACUGGGAUAGCCCUACGAACGCUCCGAGUGCCGCUUCUGUGGUAGGUCUUACGCGUUGACGGAUUAUAUGACUAGUUCUUUAGUGGCGAUUGUGCCGCACAUUGGUAAUAAUUCUUUACGCUGUGAAGUAAUUGAUCAAAGUGUACACUUUUUAGUAUGAAGAUUGUCAAUUAGUAUGGUUUUUGUUAUCUAGAAGUUGUUUAGACUUACUAGAAUCGGCCGAGGAACUUGAUUUAUAUGCCACUUCGUAGCUUCGCCGCAAAAUCAAUUGUACUAAGAUACAGUAGGUCUAUAGAAAGAGACUAUUGGAAACAACGAGAGAGAAAGAGAUAACGCUCUACAAACUCAAAUUCCGAUGUGCAAUAUUUGUCACCGGGUACUGUAAAAUCCCUAGGCAUCCUUCGAUCAACUUUCAUACCAAUUGUCUAUGAGACUAGGGCACGAAUUGGCAUAGAAAUAUAAGACCUUGAACGUAAGACAAGUUAUACUGAAUAAUGACUAAGCUAAGAUUAUGUUUUUGACCUAGAAAGUUUUGAAAUCGAACGAGAAAAAUGAGUUCGAACCGAGAUUUUAGAUAGGAUGUGUUAUGAAACUAUAAGAAACAAUAUUGUUAUAUUUUACAGCUGGCAUCACUGACCAGUUAAACAAUUAUAAAUUUAGAUCAAAUUUAAAAAUAGGUCUGCAUUUUUUUCUGUUAUAUUUGUGCAUUUUAUACACUAGUUACAUUUUAUGAAAUAAGUAUUUCUGCUCAAUUUUAUACAAGAAACAGUGACGAAUCGAGCAUAAUAUUUUUCAACUGUAAAUAUAUGUAAUAAAAAAUGAAAUGAACUGGGAUCAAAUAUUAGCUUAAAUCAAUAUUUGUAUAUAAUAUAUAAUAGGCGAUUACAUACAUUUUUUUAAUGAAAAUUAAUUUGAAAAAAGUGGGCAAUGAUUGUCAAUAAAUCCCAAGUGCUGUACAAUUACUGCACGAGCCAAUGAUUUAUUAUAACUCAGGAUAGGUUAUAGGCGUUCCAACAUUGAAGCGCUUACCUUGUGACAAGUUGCCUUUAGCCGCAUCUGGGCAAGCUCCCGCUCACCGAAAGAGAAAAAGACAAGCUCAUGUUUCAUGCAAACAACGAGUACGACAAGGAUGAAAAUUAAUCAAACUAACAUAUUUGUCCGUGAAGAAAGUAAAUUCAUAGGUAUAUAAAUAAAUAUGGAAGUAUUUUUUGUGGUCCUUAUGUAUGAAUAUAACCUAUCUAUAGUUACAUAAUAUCAUUGGCGUGAGCGACAAACUUAUCAUGAUCGCUGGUACCAGUGGAAAAAUAUACACAAAGCCAUAAACGUCCAAUAUUUUUUCUUCUAUGGAAAUAGGAAAACAAUUGAACCAAGUGAGCAUUCUACUUUCAGAGGAUGAUUUUCGAGAAUUUGGUUCAGAAAAUACUCAAAAUGGAUAUCAUCAAUACACUCAAUAAUUUUGCCUUUUCAGCUUGAUUGCCUCUUGAGAGUAUGUUUCCGCCAUAUUUUUAUCCAAUUCUUAUGUUAUAGUCUAGUUUUUGGCAAUAUUUUUAGUAACUUACGUUCGUAUGUAGUGCCCGGUACCACAGAAUAAAUAAUAGUACUACCGUAAAGAAAAGUCACCUACAAAAUCGAAGGUUCACAGCGAUUCAUGGACGAAUCAUGCUGCCCCUUUCUAAUGUAGGGAACUUCCCUUCGGCUAUUUAGGGUUGAAUUCAAGUUAUUAUCUUAUCUGUGGUUGUGCACGUAUAGGGACGUCAAGUUGUGCCAUUCCUAAUAAUUGAUCGGAGCAAUGGUGAGCCGAACGGAGCCGAUAAUGCCCGAAAGCACCAGUGUCGCUUCCUGCCGAUAUUGAUAAAUUUGUCGCUCGAUUAAUUGUUUCUACAUCACCUUUUAAUGCUGUGUAUUUUUAGCUAUCAAUCACGUAUGUCUGGGACUGAGUUUGUUGUAAAGCUGGGCUCAUACUACCCAUUAAAUAUAUAACAUUUUUAUUUGAAAAAAAAAUUACGAUGUUAAAUGAAACGAUGGUAUAGUAUGACUGCAGCUUUAUUUUAUUAUUACGAUUAUUGCGAAUUAUAUGGCUAGUGAUUAGACUUUACUUUAGUUAAGUGCAAGUUUUUUUUUACAAAUUACUUUUAAAUUGUAAAUACAUCAAUUGAACAAUUAUAAUCACAUAAUAAUAAAGUUAGCUUACAUGUAAGCUCUAUGUUUAGUAUAAGUCUGUUGUCUAUUUUAAAUCUACAUUAUUAUAAUUCUACUUAUUUUAUGGUAUUAUAAUGAACUUUUUACACCAGGAAGCUAUGGCGAUGCGAAUGUUGGUAAUACAACAGAUCCAUAUUUUUUUUAUAUACAUUUGUACGCAAACAUACAUUGGUACAUGACUACAACUACUGGGUAUACUUAUAUAUAUAUGGUAUAUAUCCUAAACCAGCAUUUCCCAAACUAUGGGUCGCGAGCGAAUAUUGAGUAGGCCCUGAAAUUACUACACAAUGUGAGUGUUACACAUAAUAUGUUAUGACCCCUUUUUAAGACCGCCAAGAGGUGGGUCCCAAAUUUAGCAGUUUUUGUUAGGUGGGUUCAAUUUUGGGAACCACAGUCCUAAACGUAUACGAGUAGUAUGCUUUUUAAUUUCACCACAUAAUAUGAAUUAGAUAAUAUUAAUAAAUAGAACAUUUAAAAUAUGAUACAUAGCAAAUAAUUCUAUUAGGAAUGAAGACUGUAAAAGUAAACCCUGAUCUGGUGUGAUUGUUUCAACAUAGGCAUGUACGGUCACGGACUUUAAUUGUUGAUCCACCUACGGUUCAAGCUAAUUUGGUUGUCAAUACUUAACAGUAUGAUUAGUGAUGGGCAGCUUGUAAGUUUCCAAAGUGAAACUUAUACUUAAAUUUCAUGUAAGUUUCUGUAAGUUUUUAAAAGGAAAAUUUCGCUUAUAUUUCUUUUAAAAUUUCUUAUUUUUCGAGAUUUUAACGAAAAGACAUAGACGCGGCGCGGUGGGGUGACUUGGAUUUUAUAUUAUGUUUAAAUAUAUAAUUAAAGCUCUGCAGAGAAGAGCAGAGAAUAAAAUGAAAUUUCAUGUAUGAGAAAUGUAAUUUAAUGUAAAUUCAUAUAUCCGUCGUAUAACAACCGGUUACGAUUACCCCUUAGCCAAGCGGGUACUGUCACGUAAUCUCGAAUUUUUCGAUGACAAUCUAUUCUACUGACGUUAGAAGUAACGGAUAGGUAACAUGAAAUUUAAGUGAAAUUUAUGUGGUAACAUUUUUGUCAGAAACUUUUCCUAUCAAUUAUGUUAUUUUCAAUAGUUGAAAUAUGUCACCGUUAAGGAAAUAUGUGAAAUGUUUCAGAAAUUGCCUAUCGCUAAGUAUGAUGUUCAAUGUUUUAGUAAACCCUAAUUACUUUAGUAAACCCUAAUUACUUUAGUAAACCCCAAAUGGCUCAAGAAUUAAAGUCCGCGACUGCACCAUAGCUUCCCAAGAUAAUAAUUAUAUUUAUUUUAAAAAGGCUGGGUCGCGUGUAAACUUCUUAAUAUAUUAGGGUAACUGGACGGAAUGGAAGUCGCCUCUACUUGACGCCAGAAACUUUUAGAUCUGUGAUCGUUUAAAUCAUAAUAAUUGUCUACUUAUUUUCGUGUUUACAUAUUUUUACUCGGUCCGUCUCGGGUUUAGUUUGCAUGUGCAAUACGUUUUGUAGGCAUAUUGAUGUUAGAUUAGUAUUUGUCGGGAAUGUCGUAUGUAUAUAAAUAUGAUGUUUUUGGAAUAUUUAGUGCGCAAUUUUACAUUGUUAUUAAUAUUGAUUUGUACAUUUUUCUGAAGGUAUUUGCUACCUAUAUUUUUUCUUAAGUCGUAUCUACUGUGGAGUAUGAUCGAAAUUAUGUUCUUGGUCUUGAAUUUAAGCAAUAAAGAAUAACAAAAGACGACCGCAAAGCUGAGGUUUUUUUCUGUUGGCGAAGAAAAAAACAUUUAUAUUAAAAUUUUAGCAAUCAUAAAAUUUUCUACAUGCACAUUGAAUUAUUACUACUUCGUAUAGAGAAGCCAUACCAAACAAUGAAAUUGUCGUAAUCGCAACCUGUACCACGCGACCAAAAUGUCUUAAGCGCCGUGAAAUUCAUGGCGCUUACGCGUUUGUGUCGAGAGACUCACGCUUCGCUUCCAUAGUUUGCUGUCGGCCGACAAAAACUCAUGGCGCAAAAUACUGGUUCUCUGUGCAGGUUCUAUAUGUAGUAACAAAGAGAAUUUGAAAUAGAAAAUUUUGUAGCUACAGUAAAUUUACUGCCAUCUUUCGACACAUGAUUAACACUUUUAGAACACCAUUUGACUUUGAUCCUUAUUCUUUCGCUGUUAAAUUUGAGAAAUAUCAAAAAGUAGCGUCAUCUUAUCUGGCAUAGGCUAAGGGUUGUGGCGCCAUCGCUCGAAACGAUACCUCCAUACAUUUGGCCUUUGAUCUUUUAGAUGGCGCCACUUUUUGAUAUUUAAUAAAUGUAGCAUAUCAGUGAAAGAAUAAGGAUCAAAGUCAAAUGGCGUUCUAAAAGUUUUAAUCAUGUGUCGAAUGAUGUCAGUAAAUUUAAUGUGGCUACAAAUUUUCUUUACCAAUCCACCUCUAUUUCAAUUUCUCUUUGGUAGUAAUAAUAGUUCAAUGCGCGUGCAUUACGGUCGGUGCAAUUUUGCUUUAGGUAUACAAAUUUUAGUGGAAUUUUGAAAAAAUGCGUUUUUAGACUUUAUAUAUUAUCUUGAUCUACUUAUUAGCUUUUAUAUUAUAAUAUUUAAUAAAUAUAGCUAGUUAAAUGUUUUCUGUACAUUAUUGUAAUAUUUUAGUUGCCAUACUAUAAUAAAACGGACUAUACAGUAUAUCGGCCAGUUACAAGUUUAUAUAAAGAUUUACAGAAAUAUAUAUUUAAACUCUUUUGAGAACCGCUUGCUUUUUUGCUCUGAAACACGAAUAAUUUAGAUACAAAAAUAAAAUUUACUUUAAUAAUUUUAACGAUCAACAUAAGUGAAUUUGUGAACAACCAGUGUGUAGAAAAAUAGACAUGAAUAUGGUAUGUUUUUUUUAUAUAUUAAUAAUUGGAAACAUAAAUAUGUAAAUUGCAUUGCCGAGACGGUUUUUUGCUUUUGAGCGUUACAAGGCUAAAACUGUUUAAAAAACUACAUAACUAUCCCAUGUAUUCUUAGUACAUAUUUGACUAUUGGUCGUGAGAGUAAUAGAAACGGUAUAAUUUUUAUAUAGGUACCAAACUUCUGUGAGAUUCAAAUAGACAUAAAAUUGAUUGAAAAUGGGUCAUUCACGUUUUUUCUCGUUCUUCACGGGUCUACGUCAGCCAGCCAACGCAAAUGGCUCUAAAACGUGAAGUAAUUAUCGAUUUAAAAAACGUGAUUGACCCGCUUUAAUACAUAUAACAUGGUAUGUACAUUAUAUGCUUUAAUGUUCAGUGUGUGUAGUUGCAUAACUGUGUUGUGUGACCGCAGUAGCAGCUUUUCUAGGGCGGUCUUCACAUUGGAUGCGGAUUCGUGGCCCGCUCCGGUGUGCGAGCAGGACAUGACUAUAUACGUGCAUAGCGCUGUCUCGCUCACAUAUCCGCACCAGUGCGAUAACCGUAACGUUGAGAUGUCCGUGCCGAUGGUUCCUAGUCUACGUUUAGUUUUAGUUAUUAAUACCUCUGGAUUGUACAUACAAAAUGGCGGUGCCGAGACAGGAAUUUAGGAUAUGUAUAGGAACUUUUUGAUAAUUUCUUUGGCCUUUGGUUGUCUACUUUAAAUUAUAGAUAUGUUGUUGAAACAAGACUUUUGUUAAUUAAAUAAAAACGUUUGUAAUUUUUUUUAACUUUUUCAUCGUUAUUUUAAAUUUUAUAUUCGUAAAUUAUAAAGAAUGCCACUAAUAAACUCAUAAUGUCUUGAAUAACAUAAAUAGGUAAAUAACUUAAAAGGCAGGUGUCUCGUUUCAGUGAUUCGUCUAUAAUAAUAUUAUUUAAAUGUUCUUCGUUUUAACGAAAUAAGUAGAUUUAAAAUUGUACCAAAAACACAUUUUGUGAGAAUUUUUGUACGAAACCGUACCGAAACUGAUUAAUCAAAGCUAAAGGCGUUAUUGCUGCAAGUAAUAAUCUCAGUGGUCUCCAAAAUACGGCCCGCGGGCCGGCUUGGUCGUGGCUUCAUACCUAAUUUUUAUAAUAAUUAAAAAAUCGAAAAAGUCAAACGUAUUUCCAAUAAUGUUAAUAUCCAGAGAGGAAAAUGGGGACUACGUUUGUAUGGAGAAGCCGCCGUCCUCUUUCCUCUUAACCCCAAAAACUUCGUAAGCCUUAUUGCAACGAGAUACGAUUUAUUAUUCACAUGUUUUGUACUACAUAUUACCUUUUGCAGCAAUAACGUCCGAGUCUUUAUAAACUAAUAUACAAAGUCCGUCUGAAAAUGAUCCGGUGAAACUGUUUACGUAAUAUAUUGUAUUUAGGUAACUAUAGAUUUGUUACUGUGACGACAGUCACGUAUUUUUUAAUUAUUUGUAAAUAAAAAAAAUAUUGAGAGACA